AUGUCUUUCUCUGCCUGUCUCAGCCGCUUGUAUCUCUCUCUGCCCGUUUCAGUCUCAGUGAGUCCCUCUUCCAGGCUCGGUCUCUCAGUGAGUCCCUCUUCCAGGCUCAGUGAGUCCCUCUUCGGUCGGUCUCUCAGUCCCUCUUCCAGGCUCGGUCUCUCAGUGAGUCCCUCUUCCAGGCUCGGUCUCUCAGUGAGUCCCUCUUCCAGGCUCAGUCUCUCAGUUAGUCCCUCUUCCAGGCUCAGUCUCUCAGUUAGUCCCUCUUCCAGGCUCAGUCUCUCAGCUCAGUCUCUCCGGAGUCCCUCUUCCAGGCUCAGUCUCUCCGUGAGUCCCUCUUCCAGGCUCAGUCUCUCAGUUAGUCCCCCUUCCAGGCUCGGUCUCUCAGUGAGUCCCCCUUCCGGGCUCAGUCUCUCAGUGAGUCCCUCUUCCGGGCUCGGUCUCUCAGUGCGUCCCCCUUCCGGGCUCGGCCUCUCAGUGCGUCCCCCUUCCGGGCUCGGCCUCUCAGGGAGUCCCCCUUCCUGCCUCGGUCUCUCAGUGAGUCCCUCUUCCUACCUCAGUCUCUCCAUAUACUUAACUACCAAACUACCUACCAGCAAUAUCCCAUUUAAUGAAUUCACUAUUUAUUAA